AUGAGGGUGGGAAGGGAGAAGGAAGGACAGAAAAGAGAGUGGCGGCAGUGCGGGCGCUGGCUCAUCGACUGCAAAGUUUUGCCCCCCAACCACCGCGUGGUGUGGCCGUCGGCCGCCGUCUUCGACCUGGCGCAGGCGCUGCGCGAUGGGGUGCUGCUCUGCCAGCUGCUGCACAACCUGUCCCCGGGCUCCAUCGACCUCAAGGACAUCAACUUCAGGCCGCAGAUGUCGCAGUUUCUCUGUUUGAAGAACAUACGGACGUUCCUAAAAGUCUGCCACGACAAAUUUGGGUUAAGGAACAGUGAGCUGUUUGAUCCCUUCGACCUCUUUGACGUGCGGGAUUUUGGGAAGGUGAUAUCUGCAGUAUCCAGACUUUCCUUCCACAGUAUUGCUCAAACCAAAGGAAUUAGACCCUUCCCUUCCGAGGAGACCACAGAGAAUGACGAUGAUGUCUACCGGAGCUUGGAGGAGCUGGCUGAUGAACAUGACCUGGGGGAGGAUAUUUAUGACUGCGUCCCCUGUGAAGAUGAAGGAGAUGAUAUCUAUGAAGAUAUCAUCAAAGUGGAAGUUCAGCAACCCAUGAUUAGAUAUAUGCAGAAAAUGGGAAUGACAGAAGAUGACAAAAGAAAUUGCUGUUUGCUAGAAAUCCAGGAAACUGAGGCCAAAUACUACAAAACACUUGAAGACAUAGAAAAGAAUUACAUGAAUCCACUGAAGCUGGUACUCACUCCACAAGACAUGGAAGCUAUUUUUAUCAAUUUGGAGGACCUCAUUAAAGUGCACUUCAAUUUCCUGAGAGCCAUCGAUGUGUCUAUGAUGUCUGGAGGAAGCAGCUUGGCAAAAGUGUUUCUGGAAUUUAAAGAAAGGCUAUUGAUUUAUGGCAAGUACUGCAGCCAUAUGGAAUAUGCCCAGAAUACUCUGAACCACCUCAUCGCAAACAGAGAGGACGUUAGGCAAAAAGUGGAGGAAUGCACAUUAAAGGUUCAGGAAGGAAAGUUCAAAUUGCAAGAUCUGCUGGUGGUCCCAAUGCAGAGGGUCUUGAAGUAUCAUCUCCUAUUAAAAGAGCUUCUCAGCCACUCGUCAGAUCGGCCUGAGAAGCAGCAGCUCAAGGAAGCUUUGGAAGCCAUGCAGGACUUGGCCAUGUACAUAAAUGAAGUCAAGAGAGACAAAGAAACCUUAAAGAAAAUAAGUGAAUUUCAGAGCUCUAUAGAAAACUUGCAAGUGAAACUGGAAGAAUUCGGGAGGCCGAAGAUAGAUGGUGAACUGAAAGUGCGUUCAAUAGUAAACCACACGAAGCAGGACAGGUAUUUAUUUUUAUUUGAUAAAGUCGUAAUCGUCUGCAAAAGAAAAGGCUACAAUUAUGAGCUGAAGGAAAUUAUUGAGCUGUUCUUCCAUAAGAUGACCGACGAUCCGAUGAACAACAAGGACAUUAAAAAGUGGUCGUACGGGUUUUACCUAACUCACCUUCAAGGGAAGCAGGGUUUCCAGUUCUUCUGCAAGACGGAAGAGAUGAAGAGGAAGUGGGUGGAGCAGUUUGAAAUGGCCAUGUCCAAUAUUAAGCCAGAGAAAGCCAAUGCAAAUCACCACAACUUCCAGAUGUACACGUUCGAGAAGACGACCAAUUGCAAAGCUUGCAAGAUGUUUUUAAGAGGAACUUUCUACCAGGGCUAUCUUUGCACACAGUGUGGGGCAGGCGCUCACAAAGAAUGCUUGGAAAUCAUCCCACCAUGCAAAAUCAGUUCCUCGGCAGACCAGGACCCAUUAAAUGUAGGACCUGGUCCUAAAAUGGUGGCAGUUCAGAAUUACCAUGGCAACCCAGCUCCCCCGGGGAAACCAGUGCUAACAUUUCAAACUGGGGAUGUAAUAGAGCUGCUGAGAGGGGACCCGGAUUCCCAGUGGUGGGAGGGGAGGUUAAUACAGACCAAGAAAUCAGGUUAUUUCCCCAGCUCGUCAGUAAAGCCCUGUCCUGUGGAUGCCAGGCCUCCCAACAGCCGGCCUCCUUCGAGAGAAAUAGACUACACCGCGUACCCUUGGUUUGCUGGGAACAUGGAGAGGCAGCAGGCCGACAACCUGCUGAAGUCACAUGCGAGUGGGACAUACCUGAUCCGGGAGAGGCCAGCGGAGGCUGAACGCUUUGCAAUUAGCAUUAAGUUUAACGAGGAAGUAAAACACAUAAAGGUGGUGGAGAAGGACAACUGGAUUCACAUCACAGAAGCCAAAAAGUUUGAAAGUCUCUUGGAAUUAGUUGAGUACUACCAGACCCACUCACUGAAGGAGAGUUUUAAACAGCUGGACACAACAUUAAAGUACCCAUAUAAAUCACGGGAACGCUCUACCUCCAGAACCUUCACUCGCUCCCCAGUGUUCACACCUCGCGUCAUAGGGACGGCAGUAGCGCGGUACAACUUUGCAGCGCGGGACAUGCGGGAGCUCUCCUUGCGAGAGGGUGACGUGGUGAAAAUCUACAGCAGGAUAGGCGGGGACCAGGGAUGGUGGAAGGGAGAAACAAAUGGAAGAAUCGGUUGGUUUCCUUCGACCUAUGUGGAGGAGGAGGGAGUGCAAUGAGUCCCAGGUCUCUGACUAAAGACUCCCAGAAAAAGCCGCUGCAGACUGUGCACAGUUGUCCCAGCACCCAGGGCUCCGAGUGAAACGCAAUCAGAAAUCUUCCAGUAUUACCAACAGCCACCCUAUUAUGAAUUCUUCUGCAAUCGGUCCUCUGUACAGUGUGUGUGCGUGUGUGCGUCGGGGGGUGCCACUGGCUUCCGGUCCUUGGUUGGGUUACUUGUAUAUAAGAUUUAUAGUCUAUCAGGUGUUUGUGUGACAGCAGAAGUGACCUGGGAAAGUCGCUCUCAACAGCCUAGACCAAGCACUGAGAGGCUCAAUGCAGCUGUGGCCAGAGACGUUGUCCAAGCCUGUCUUAUCAAGGAUGUUUCAGAAGCCACCGUGGUGGUGGCAGGAGGAUGGGACAGGGUGGCUCCUGGACUGAUGCCGGGAGUCGUGGGGGAAUGCUUUCAGCAGAGGCUGAGAGGGAGCCAACUGACACCCCUUGCUGCUUGAAUGGACUCUGCUGGUUUCUCUGGGCACGUCAUGGCAGAGCCCACUAACUUUGCUGGUGAUGGGAGGAGGUGGGGGGGAUGAAGGCACCACAACCUGCUGCAAGGAGACUGCUCUCAUUUGAUGCCUGUCUGGAUCUAGGGAAAGAGGUUUUUUUUAACAGAUCAUGAUGAGUCUGAAGCCAAACAACAGAGCUGGGCACACCUACCUGUUAGCAGAGACCCCCUUAUUUUGUAUCACAUGCCCUUUCUCUUAAAGCUAACUUUGGUCCCAGUAACCUCACUCAGGGCAGAGGAGAGACGGUCCUUUGUGGUGAUGGCCACAUCUGGAUCAGGAGGUCUGGUCGCAUUGCAGGGCUGCAAAUGUGCCUUCCCCAGGAAGAGCUUUUGCAAAUCAUCAGUGACAUGAGGGAUGGCACAUGUGAUAAUAGAUACAAAUGUGCAUCAUCUGCUCCAGCGUGUCCGCCGCUCUCAUAGCCUACCUACCUUUCCUAUUCCUAACAAGGAUAUAUGUAAGCCACCCCACCAAACUAAUGGCCUGUUCUUGCAGCCAUUAUGGCUCAUUGAGCUCAAUGGGGCCUACUUAGUAGGUGAGGGCUGUAAAACCAACUCCCAAGUUGCACAAAGCUGAUGUUAAACAGUCUUUCCUUUGGCCACCUUUUGGCAUUACAUACUUUGCCCACCUCCCAGCUGUUCAUUGCUGCGAGUAAGGGAGAAUGUGUUUCCCUUUCAUGUUGUCUCUCUCUCAUUGCUUUUGUGCCCUGAAUGAUGUUCAUCCCCUCCCUUGCUUUCCACGUGGCGACCCUUUUCAGUUGGCAAUGAGGAUGGUUGAGUGGAGUCCGCUGCAAGUGACUUCUGCCCUUUGCUCCCCAGACCAGAACGUGCACCCAAAGUGCACUUGUGCAAAACCACCAACAAGAAGCAAACCCCAGGGAUGUCGUAUGAAGUGCCCUUUUGCAUGUUUGCUUCCUUUCCUUCAAGGUGUUCAGUAGCCCCAUACCUUGUAACUUUGCUGCUGAGCUCUGUGUCUCUGGGCAAGAUUCUUCUGUCGUCAGCACCAGUGUGAAUCCAGAAGAGCUGCCUGCAUGAGAUUUAUGCAAGACCUAUGCAAGGGUAUGUCGCUCUCCUACAGUGCACUGCUGAAGUCCUGCCUGUCGUGACAGAAGAAUAUAGAGAUCUUACCUAGCCAUUUUGCAAGUGCUCCAAGUAUUAUCUGGGGAAGAACAGCAGACGUUGUGCUGCCAAAUUGGGAUGGAAAAGCCACGAGGAGCAUUCUGUGACCUUGGCAAGGAGGAAAACCAAAUUAACUUUGAAAAUAAGCUUGCUGUUUGUUUGGCACAAUAGUCUGGCCUCUUGUUUCGACUCGAUCUUUGGGUUUUCAUUCUUCUCCUGCACUGGGUCUUGGACUGAGCUUGCUCACCAGCUGCUCAGUACUCCUUGUGCCAAAGCUGCCAGUGAACCUCUCACAUUGCACUGUAUGGGUUAGAAAAUAUUUCCCAAUUGAACUGUGCCCCUGCUAUAACAGACUCAUCCAGAUGCCUGCUGCCUAAAUGCCACCAUCCAUGGACCCCUGCCACCAGGUGGGCAUUAUCAUUUGCAUGCAACCAAGUGCCCGGUCACUGUAUGCAUCUUGCUCUGCGGAGUGAGAACCAGGACCAAGCGGUUCGAUGGCAUUUCCAGUGGUUUUAUGAAGGUCAUUCCUUGGUGCUAACCUAUUCCAGUCCAGCUCAGUUUAUUUGAGUGUUAAUUGUUUGCCAGUCCUGUACCUUUGCCUUUCAUCAUCUCAGCCUACCAAUAUUGAAAGGAGAUGCGGCAGCACUUUGGAGAGGGGAAGCUGUAAAGGAGACUCAGGGAAGUUAAGUGCUCAGCUCUUACUGAAUAUCAAAGAAAGUGCAUUGAAUUUCAGUGCGAGUUGGCCAUCCAUUUCCAUGAAGCACCGUUGACAUUUCCAGCCUGCAGGCCACACGUUUCUAAGCUAACUAACAAGGUCUGGGGGCCCCACUUGAGACCUUAAUUUUUUUCCCAAAAGUGCUGAACAGCAGGUCUUGAGAAAGGAAAACCCCUUCUAGACAUCGAAGGGUGGGCCCCCAGCAAUGCAGAGUCAUUUUUGCAAAUGCAGGCAUCUCUAAUCCUGUGCAAUUGUGAGCAGACCCCAUUCUCUAACAGCCACAA